ACUAGUCACGUACAACUUCUAAAUAGCUUCUCGUUCGUAACCGCGAUCAGUUUGUUUCUUUAAACGUUUGACGUGAACCACUGCGAUAGCUUCCUCCUAUUUAUUAAGAAUUAACUGCAGUCUAUCAUAGUGUAACAAAUACGCGUUCAAUCUCUGCAUAAAUCUGUAAACGUGAAAGUGCAUAAAGUGUUUAAUCAAAUAACAGUUCCAGUCUUCCAUGACGCGAGAAAAUGUCGGAUUGUGUCACAAUUGAUUCAUGUCCAAAAGGAUAACUGGAAGAGCUCAUUCAGCGAUGUUCUUAUUUCCUGUCGAUAGAUCUGGAGACUUAUUGGAAAUCCACGCUGAAAAUGCAAAGUGCUGUCAAAUUGGAAAAGGAUUCUGACCCCAUGUUAGACGCAACCGUACCGUCGGCUACUUUAGACAUUGCAAACGUUAAUAGUUCAAUCGAAAUCUUUCCUUUUGAAAAACCACAAAAUCGUGAAACAAAAAAAAAUUCUUCCAGCGACACUUUGAUUUCGGUGGAUGACCGUGACUCAACAAUGGGCUGCUCCAAGACUUUUGAUACUUCAAGUUCUAGCCCUAGUCCAAGCAUGAGAGCCUCUCCUACCCAUGUUAGCCGACAAGAAGGUCCUUCAAAUCAAAACGAGAACGUCUGCUGUGUGUUGGCCCACCGAGAUCUAGGUGGAAGAGAAGGCAGUCCAAAGAGUUCUAACUUUUCCUCCAGCUCAGCGGAUAGAGUUUCAUCGGAUGAAGGCUCUCCGACUGGCUUAUUAUCUUCUAAUUCUACGAAUGAUUCGUCUGCUCUUCGGCUAUCACGCUUUGCUUUGCAGAUCCAUUCAACACAAGAAAGUGAUCGAAGUAUCUCACGUAUUUGCCGAUUAGGUUCUCCACCCUCGGCAUCAACUUCUACCAAAUUUUCCAUUUCGAUCGCCGAUUCUUCUUCGAUUAUUCGGCCAUCAGUUACUCAAACCAAUAAGGAAAUGACACAAAUAUUCGACACGAGCCAACUGCAAAAUCACCAAUCGUCAAAGCUAUCAAAGCAAAAUUUUCGUAACACCGAAGAUUCUAAGUUCCCUUCACGGCCGGAAUCUGUUAACGCUACAGUAUUCGUACAACCGGAGGAUAAUUAUUCGAUUUCUGCUACACCUCACGGAAUAGAAAAUAUUCUUAAUAGACCAAUUCCACGACCAGAUCCUGUCAUUUCUCCUGCAAUUCAGUGCUACCCACACUCAAGCUCCAGUAGCCAAUAUCCGUCGCCCUUUUCAGCAAUAGCGCGAACUCAGAAGCCUUUGGAUUUCUCCAACGGCGUUAACGCCCUAGGUCUUAACUCGCCAACGUUUACAGGCGUUUACUGGCCAACUUUACAAUCCUUCAUCGAUAACCCUGCUCUGCAAACAUGGAGAGAUCGUUUUCAGAUAACAGAUAAUUCCGACGGCAUUAACUGUGGCUUCGACAAGGAUUCCAAGAAAAAACACACACGACCAACUUUUAGCGGGCAACAGAUAUUUGCCCUAGAGAAAACUUUCGAGCAGACAAAAUAUUUGGCGGGUCCCGAGCGCGCAAAACUUGCCUAUGGAUUGAAUAUGACGGAAUCUCAAGUUAAGGUUUGGUUUCAAAAUCGGCGUACCAAAUGGCGUAAAAAACACGCUGCCGAAUUGGCAACUGCUAAGAAGCGUCAAGAGGAGGCUGAAGUUCUGAAUGACCUUUCUGACAAAGAAGAAGAUAUCUACGGUGACGACUCAUUCGAUAUCAAACGAAAAAGGACGAAGUAACAAAGAAAUAUCACCAGGAAAGUGUACCUACUUAAUACUUAUUAAAAUGAUGAACAAUGCUAUCCUUGAUUUCAAAUGUUAAUAGUGGGGAUUUGCGUUUCUUAGUUAAUCUGUAUGUCAAGGUGUUCGUACCUUUACAGCUGGCCCAUCUCAGUUUAAUUUCAAUGAUGUGUAAUUUGUGUUGUAUUAGCAUAUAAUCGUUUCGGUUUGGUUUUGUCUAAAGUACCGAUUAUGCGAAAGAGUUUGUUACGUAACCCAUAUAAGUGACGUUCUACAGCUCUUGUCUAUAG